AUGGUGCACAACGAUCCGUCAGAGCAAUCUCCGAAAGCAGAAUUAAGGCAGGUCGAGUUCAAUACAAUCGCUGCAUCAUUCGGCGGCCUUUCAGCCAAGGUUUCCGCCCUUCAUAAACAUCUUCACACUAUCUCUGCAUUCCCAGAAAAGGUAUCCGAUAUUAUAGGUGAUACCUCGCUACCAUCAAAUCCGUCGAUUGCACUCAUCGCAAAAGGCCUUCAGCAGGCUCAUCAAGUCUACGGCCCGUCAAGACAGGUCCCGACGCUUCCGCUGUGUAUUCUUUUUGUAGUUCAAGAUCCCGAGAAUAACGUCUUUGAUCAAUACGCCAUUUCAUCUCGUCUCCAAGAAGAAUACCAAACCACCGUCUUCCGACUUCCCUUCUCCUCUGCACUCACACACACUACACUCUCCAGUGAGCGGAGUCUGAUCUACAACCCUUCUCAUGCUCCUUCGACUUCGUUCGAGGUGACAACGCUUUAUUACCGCGCAGGAUAUUCCCCUUCAGAAUACUCAACUUCUGAGGCUUGGGACGCAAGGCUACAUUUGGAACGAUCAGCUGCGAUAAAGUGCCCAUCUAUUCUGACCCAUCUAGCUGGAAGCAAGAAGAUUCAGCAAAUCUUAGCCACACCUUCUUCGCCAUACCUUGAGCGCUUUCUCUCGGGUACUCCGUACGAGGCAUUCAUUGAGAGAAUACGAGCGACAUUCGCAGCAAUCUAUCCAUUGGAUGACAGCGAAGCCGGUCAAAAAGCCAUAGCUAUUGCAAAGGAUGAAGAGAAGGCUAAAGGAUACGUCCUGAAGCCUCAGCGCGAAGGUGGUGGCAACAACAUCUACGGCACGAAAAUCCCGCCUUUCGUGCAGUCGUUAGGCAGCGACGAAAGGAAGUAUCGCAGUCAUAUUCUGAUGGAGCUGAUUGAACCCCCGCCUCUUCGUAACACAAUAUUUCGCAAUGGCCAAAUCCAAAGUGGUGAAGUUAUUGGUGAGCUAGGCAUUUAUGGAGUUUGUUUGUGGAAACAUGAUCAAGGAGAGGGCAAGGGUGAGAUCUUGGAAAACUAUGAGGCAGGCUUUCUCCUACGUACGAAAGGGCGUGAAAGCGAAGAAGGGGGUGUUGCUGCAGGCUUUGGUGCUGUAGACAGUCCUUGUCUCGCUGAUUAG